AUGGGCCGCGGGGAUAUCCGGCGCGCGUACACGCUCGGGCGGGAGCUGGGGAAAGGCGGAGGCGGCGUGGUGCGCGAAUGCCUGGACCCGUUAACCGGCCAGCCCGUGGCGGCCUGCAAAACCAUUCCCAAAUCAAAGCUCCAGCGCCCGGACCUGGUGGAGGAGCUGCGCGCGGAGGUGGCGGCGAUGCGGCGGCUGGCGGGGCACGCGCACGUGGUGCGGCUGCUGGCCGUGUACGAGGACGACCACGCGGUGCACGUGGUCAUGGAGCUCUGCUCGGGCGGCGACUUGUACGACCUGCUCACCGCUGCUACGACUUUACCAGAGCCGAUCGCCGCGCAGCUGACAAGUCAAAUCCUGAAGGCGCUGAGUCACUGCCAUCGCAACGGCAUCCUGCAUCGCGAUAUCAAGCCGGAGAAUAUCUUGUUAGGGAACCCAGGGAACACUCUGCAUGUCAAGCUUGCGGAUUUCGGGCUGUCUGUUAUGCUUAAAACGGGGCAGCUUGCUGUGGGUAUGCAUGGCAGCAACGUGUAUAUGGCACCAGAGGUGGUAUGCAGGAAACCGUAUGGUUUGGCGAUUGACUUAUGGGGUCUUGGAGUUAUCCUCUUUACAGCGCUCUCCGGUUACAUGCCGUUUUGGGGUAACACGGACGAAGAGCUUUUCGUCCGUAUCCUGCGCGGCCGCCCAGAUUACACCAGCGAUCCGUGGCCGUCGAUCAGCGCGGAGGCGAAGGAUCUGGUCCAUCGGUUGCUCACCAUCGAUCCGCCGCGCCGGAUCACCGCUGACGUGGCGCUGCAGCAUCCGUGGAUCUUGAAGCAUUGCGGUGCAUCUCCACCGUCCAUUCCAGUGUCUCUCGGCAAGCCUGCUGGCGACAAUCCCAAGACACCUGCUCACUCAUCUCUUGCUGCUGGGGCUCCCUCUACCUCCAUAGAUGCCCCAUCUUCUGGAGAUUCUGCUUCGGCUGUCACUCCUGUUCCUGCCCAUUCUGCUGCUGCUAUUAUUUCCCCUGCUACAAGCAAACUCGCCUCCCUCUUCUCCUUGGGUGCUGCCCCAGCAGCCAAGGCACGGAAGAACGCUGCCGGAGCUGGCGUUUCAGGCUCGGGAGCGCCAGGUUCGGGAACGUAUGCGUUGUUCCGAGCCAGGCCGUCAGGCCUGAGCAGCCCCUUCACGUUCUUCUCGCCCAAGAGGAAGAUCCGAAAGUCGCAAGUGGUUGUGAACAGUGCUGCGGCUGCCGGGACGGCGGUGGCGGGCGGCGCUAGUGCGGGAACUGAUAUGGCUGUGGAUGGGACUGGUGAGCAUGGGGAGGAGGAGGAGGAUGAGGAGGAGGAGGAGGAGGAGGAGGAGGUGGAGGAGGAGGUGGAGGGAGAGGGUGAGGGAGAGCAGGAGCAGCAGGAAGGCCAGGUGGAAGGCAGAGCAGGGUUGGCUGGGUACAAUAGUGCCGUGCUGAGUGCAGCAGCCGCUGCUGUGCUGCACACCCACUUCAACGGCCAGGAUGAAAAGCAGCAGCAGGAGAAUUGCCAAUCGCACCCUCACCAGCCUUGGCAGAGGAAUGGGAUGAUUGGCAGCCUCGGCAGCACCGGAGCUGCGAGCAGCGUUGGCACCAUAGCAGAGUUCCGGGCUCGGCUGUCCCCGGCUGUCACUCUUGACCGAACCGCCGCUCCCGAGCCUGUGGCGGUGUAUUCCAGCACGGGAAGCGUGCUGCCAGCUGUCAGCGCAGCAUUGGGUGGAGGGCACGCAGCGGAGAAUGGGGUGGAGAGAGGAGGGAUGGAAGUGGAUGGGACAUGCGAGUGGGGCAUGUCAGAUGUUGUGUCGGCCUUCUCGAUUCUCCGGACUAACUCUAUACAUGGAGCUUCUGCUGCACUAUCAGCAGAAGCACCGGGAGCAGUAAAGGAGGCCACUGCCACCCCAAUGCUCCAGUCUCUCCGCCUCGACGCCGCGCUAGCGGCGCCGUCGCGCGCGACCGUCCCCGCCUCCUCCUUCGUCCGCCCGCAGAUUAGCCUCCGGUCGAGCCGCGUUCUUAGCGGACGGCGAGUGUCGGAGCGUUCCGCGGUAGCUGCGCGCGUGCAGGCGGUGGCGGAGCUGUUUCCGUCCGUGGAGGGCGCGGAGGACGCGGGGGAAGCGGAGGAGGUCGAAGCGCCUGCAGUGAAGGCUAAGACGGGGAAGAAGGCGCUUUUGUUCAAGAGGGACCAGACCCGGUCGAAGCGGUUCCUGGAGAUUCAGAAGCUGCGCGACCGCAACAGCGAGUACGAGCCGGUGGAGGCGCUGGAAAUCGUCAAGGCGACGGCUUCCGUCAAGUUUGACGAGUCCGUCGAGGCGCACUUCCGCCUGAACAUCGACCCGAAGUACGCCGACCAGCAGCUGCGCGCCACGGUGUCGCUGCCCAAGGGAACCGGGCAGGUGGUUCGGGUUGCUGUGCUCACUCAAGGAGAGAAGCAGAGGGAGGCGACGGACGCGGGGGCGGACGUGGUGGGCGCGGAGGAUCUGAUUGAGCGCAUUGCGGGCGGCUUCCUGGAGUUUGACAAGCUCGUCGCCACGCCCGACAUGAUGCCCAAGGUGGCACGUCUGGGUCGUCUGCUUGGUCCACGUGGUCUCAUGCCCAACCCCAAGGCCGGCACCGUCACCACUGACCUUGCUUCGGCGGUGGUGGACUUCAAGGCGGGCAAGGUGGAGUAUCGGGCGGACAAGACUGGCAUCGUGCACGUGCUCUUCGGCAAGGCCUCCUUCUCCAACGAAGACCUCCUCACCAACCUCGUUGCCGUCGCUAACUCCGUGGAUGCGAAUCGCCCACCAGGCGCCAAGGGAGUGUACUGGAAGACCGCUUACAUCUGCGCAACAAUGGGCCCGUCUGUUCGUGUAAAUGUGUCGGCCUUGAGGGACUUCAAGCUGCCCACUGCCUCAUCCCGCCGCUCGGGCCCGUUCACCAUGGGCUCGGAGCAGCGCAGUGUGUUCACGGUGGGCAGCAGCGUGUGGGUGCCGGACGAGGAGGAUGCAUGGGCGGAGGGCGAGGUGGUGGCCCUCAAGGAUGGCGGAGGGGGUGCGGGCGGGCAGGUGGUGGUGCGCACCACAGGGAAGAAGAAACGCGAGGUGACAGUAGCAGCGGGUGCGUGCUAUGCACGGGAGGAGGAUGGAGGAAUCAUGGACGACAUGGUCAAGAUGGCCUAUCUGCACGAGCCAGGGGUGCUCUCUAACCUCAUGCUGCGCUACCAGCGCAACCUUAUUUAUACGUACACAGGCAGCAUUCUGAUCGCCGCGAACCCCUUCAUGCGCAUACCAGGCAUCUACGACCGGGAGAUGAGGGAGGCCUACAGAGGGGCACAGAUCGGUGACCUCAGCCCACAUGUGUUCGCCAUUGCUGAUAACGCGUACAGGGCGAUGGUGGAUGAUAAGCGCAGCCAGUCGAUUCUGAUCAGCGGGGAGAGCGGGGCGGGCAAGACGGAGACAACAAAGCUGGUGAUGGAGUAUCUGGCUUCUGUGGGGGGGAGAUCUGAGGCCACUGAGGGGCGCAGCAUUGAGAGCCAAGUGCUGGAGUCGAACCCUCUUCUUGAAGCCUUUGGCAAUGCCAAGACGGUGCGAAACGACAAUUCGAGUCGCUUUGGCAAGUUCAUCGAGAUUCAGUUUGACCAGCGCGGCCGCGUGUCCGGUGCCGCCAUCCGCUCCUACCUCCUAGAGCGGUCCAGAGUGGUGCAGAUAGCAGACCCCGAACGCAACUACCACUGCUUCUACCAGCUGUGUGCGGGCGCGUCCCCUGAGGAGGCAGAGAAGUACCGGCUGCCCCCAGGGCCAAACAGAGCGGAGAAGUUCCACUACCUGAAGCAGAGCAAGUGCAUUGAGCUGGAGGGGAAGCGCAGCAACGCGGAGGAGUAUGUGAUCACGAGAAAUGCCAUGGACGUUAUUGGCAUCUCACAGGACGAACAGGCGUCAAUUUUUGGCAUAGUGGCGGCCAUUCUGCAUCUGGGCAACGUGGAUUUCAAGGAGAAGGGAGACAAGAUGCGCAUCGCCAAGCACUCGGAAGAGGCCCUUGAGAACACCGCACACCUGCUCUCGUGCGACAAGAAGAAGCUGCAGGAGUCACUAUGCACAAUGAAGCGCAAGGUGGGAGGCGAGGUGAUUAAGAGCUACCUGGAUGAGAAGGGUGCAAUCGUGCGCCGAGACACACUCGCUAAGACACUCUACUCCAAACUCUUUGACUGGAUAGUGGAGAAGGUGAAUCGGUCCAUUGGGCAGGACGCCAACUCCAUGGCGCUCAUUGGCGUGCUUGAUAUCUACGGCUUCGAGCACUUCAAGCUCAACAGCUUUGAGCAGUUCUGUAUCAAUCUGGCCAAUGAGAAGCUCCAACAGCAUUUUAACCAGCACGUGUUGAAGCUGGAGCAGGAGGAGUAUGAGCGAGAAGAGAUCAACUGGAGCUACAUCAACUUCAGGGAUAACCAAGACGUGCUAGACCUCGUUGAAGGGGACAAGGGCAUUCUCACACUACUCGAUUCAGCCUGCAAGCUAGCCCAGUCCACACCCGAAUCAUUCACCAUGUCGCUCUACGACGCCUUUCUAAAGCACGAGCGAUUUACCAAGUCCAAGGGCUCUGUCACUGAUUUCACGCUGGAGCACUACGCGGGGCGAGUCAAGUACAGCACCACCGAGUUCAUCAGCAAGAACCUCGAUGCCGUGGUAUCAGAGCACGAGGCGCUGCUGCAGAAGUCUACUGAUCCGUUUGUGGCUGCGCUGUUCCCCGCCGCUCAAGAGGAGGUCAAGGAGGCGGGAGGGAAGGGCGGCAAGGCCACCACCAAGUUUGCGUCGUUAGGGAAAUCGUUCAAGCUGCAACUGUCGCAGCUGAUGGACACGCUGAACCGCACAGAACCGCACUACAUCCGGUGUAUCAAGCCCAACUCCAAGAGCCGUCCGGCACUGUUCGAGAAGAGCAUGGUGGUGGAGCAACUGCGAUCGGGGGGAGUGUUGGAGGCCAUUCGCAUGUGCUCUGCGGGCUACCCCACGCGCCGUCUCUUUGAUGACUUCAUCGACAGAUUCUCGCUGCUCAUCCCCUCCCUCUUUGACAAGGAGAUGUCAGACCCCGAGUAUGUGGAGGUCAUUCUGCGCCAUGCGAGGCUGGAGAACUACCAGAUCGGCAAGACCAAGGUGUUCCUGCGAGCAGGCCAGAUGGCACUGAUGGAGAUGCGGCGACUGGAGGUGAUGAACGCCGCUGCGGCCCGCAUUCAGCGUGCCACGCGCCGCUUCCUCUUCCGCCUGCACCGCGCCCGCGCUGCCCUCUGCAUCCAAAAGUUCUGGCGCGCCUACACGGCACGGGUGUUUGUGCAUCACCUGCGGCAGCGCCUGGCAGCAACGUGCAUUCAGCGCAUGGAGAGGGGCCGGCAGCAGCGCAUGCGCUUCCUCAUGCUGCGGCGGGCCGCAAUCACCAUCCAAGCCAAGUACCGCAUGCACCUCUACCGCAUGCGCUACCUGCACAUGCGGGAUAACCUUGCUGCCACCUGCAUUCAGUGCCACUGGCGGGGGUAUGUGGCGCGCAAGCCAUGGAAGGCCCUGCGGCAGUACUUCUUUGCACGGCUGGCCAGGCUGCGAUAUAAGAACCUCAAGCUGGAGGCGGCUCGUGUUGCUGAGCUGGCGCCGCCGCGCAAGAAGACGGAGGUGGCUAUGGAUACGAUCCGCAUGAUGGUGCUGCGCGUGCAGAGAGACAAGGCGGAGAAGGGGCAGCAGGCCUUGGAGCGCCAGCUGGCAGAGGUACGAGAGGAGGUGGAGCGGCGCGGCAGGGAGAUUGCGGCUCGCGGUAGGGAGAUAGCCCGGUUGCAGGAGAUGCUGGAUGCAGAGCAGGCCAGGGCAGAGGCUGCAGAGGCUGAGGGAGAGGGAGAUGAGGGAGAGGAGGGAGAGGAGGAGGGAGUGGAGGAGGUGAAAGAGGUGGCGAUGGAGGGGGAUAGGGAGAAGGAGUGUGUUGUCGUGGGGGUGGAGGGCGGUGCAGACAGGACGGCACUUGCCAACCAUUUCCUACCACCCAUUAUGGAGCGGUCCGCAGGAAGCGAGGCGGAUUUGGUGGAGGUGGAAGCGAGGGGAGGGAGCAGAGGCAAGGGCGGGGACGGGGACGAGGAGCAAGGAGAGCAAGGAGAGCGAAAGGAGCAGCAGGCACAGGAGAAGGGGCAGGAGCCGGUGCAGGGAGGAACUGGGGAGGCGGACAAGGGAGGGAAGCCGCGACCAGUGUCCCCUCUUUCAGCUGGCGCCAGUGCCAUCCGCGAUAGGAUUACUCUAGACGUGGGCGCUGGCACCACCACCAGUGGCGCUGCUGCUGCUGCUGCUGCUGCCGCCUCAGUAACAGCAGCAGCAGCGGGGGCAGCAGCAGCGAGUGUGGGACCUGGAGGGGGCGCCCCUCUCCCUCCCAGCGGCACGGGCAGCGACAGCAGCAGGAGGCCCAUGCGCCCCCGUGCUGCCUCCUCUUCAGGCUCAGGCUGGCACGUCCCCUCAGAGGACGCUGAUCAGGAUCAAGAGGGGGCAUCAGAGCAGCAGGACCGAGGGCCCUUGAGUGCUGACCGCGGCCCUCCCAGCUCCGAGAGACCCAGGAGAAUGUCUGCAGGCGCGGGCGGGGGAGGAGGGGGAGGCGGAGGGAGGGAGUUUGGGCGGUAUGGGAGUAGCUCGUUCCGCGGGUCGCCGGCUCGGGAGUUUGAGGGGGGAGCGCGGGUGGGGCGAGGAGAGGAGGGGUCGUGGAGUGGAAGGAAAUUGGGGGGGGUGGGGUCGAGAUCGGCUAGGAGUGGGGCGAGUGAGGCGUCGCCGAGAGGAGGCGUGGGGAUGGGGAUGGGGACUCCGCCCACGCCCGGGACGAGUGGGGCGGGCACGCCGCGUGGAAAGAGCCUGACGUUUUCAGCGAGCAACUUUGAUAAGAUCCUUGCGAGCAUGCAGCGCGAAGUGGAGAUUGCGCAAAAGAUGCGCGAGGAGAACAACUGGCUGCGGGCAGCAUACAAGGAGGCGGUUCACAAGGCAGAGGUGGCGGCGGCACUGGCGGGGGCAGAGAGGGCGAGGGCGGAGGAGGCGGAGAGGAACGUGGCAGCGCGGGAGGAGGAGAUGCGGGAGGCUCUGGCGCGGUGCCAUGAGCUGCAGGAGAAGCUGCUCGGAAAAUCGCGCGAGGUGCGCACGUUGAGUCAGAGGCUGAUUGCUUUCCAGGCCAGCAUGGCCAACGCCAAUCCCGCCAUGCCCAUCGACAAGCAGCAGGAGGUAUUGCUGAACGAGAUAGCAGUGAGCCGCUUCCCCUUCGGCCCGCAAGGCCAGCCAGUCGCCGCGUGUGUGGUGUACCGCUCGCUGCUGCACUGGCGGGUGUUCCAGGCCGAGAAGACCAACGCGUUUGACCGAAUCAUCGAGACCUUCCAGAUGGUCUCGCGCUCCGAUGACAUGAGCACGCUCAGCUACUGGCUCAGCAACCACGUCGUGCUGCUGUACCUCGUGCAGGUGGUGUACAAGGCACCAGCAGAGAAGCCCAAGUUCGAGCGCGUCACCACGUUUGGCUUCUUUGGAGCUCGCCCCCCCACUCCGCCGCGACCCAGUGCGACGAUGCAGCAGGUGGAUCUGAUGCUGUUCAAGCAGCAGCUGGCGACCGGCAUCGAGCGGCUGUAUGUGACCAUCCGCGACAGCGCCAAGACAGAGCUCGCCGUCCACUUCAACCCACAGCCUGACCUCACUCUCUCUUCUCUACCCUAUCUUCCCUCUCUCCCCACUCUUCCCUCUCUCCCCACCCUUCCCUCUCUCCCCACUCUCCCCUCUCUCCCCUCCGUCCCCACUCUCUCCUCUCACCCAUCUCCCCCCUCUCCAAAUUGUUUGCCCUUCUCUUGUGCAACCAAUAUGACGACCCAGGCACGGGGAGCAGAAGCCGAAACAGGCGACGCAGGAGAACCAGGGGAAAACGGAGGAGCAUCGGGGAUCCCCCCGGCAGGGGCGAGGGGGAGGGGGCGGGGAGGGCGGGCGCCGCAGCGCAACGCAGCGACAGCCAUGCGGAAACACAUCAUGUCGUCGUGGACCAACGUGGUGAUCACGCUGCGCCACAUCAUCGGGAACCUCGUGGCCAAUCACGUUCCGGCAGCGCUGCUGGACGCGCUGAUUCGCCAGCUGCUGUUCUUCGUCAACAUGAAGAUAUUUAACAGCCUGAUGGUGCGCGCGCAGUGGUGUCCGUGCACGUACAGCAACGGAGAGAUGAUGGAGGAGGGGCUCAGCCGUUUGGAGCAGUGGGUGCAUGAUGUGGAAGUGCAACUGAGGGAGGUGCUGGGAGGGGAGAGGGAACCCUUGAGGAAAGAGCUGAGGCACCUGCAGCAGACCAUUCUCUUCCUGACCCUGGACCACAAGCCAAGACGAACCCUUGAGGAACUGAGAAUGCUGUGUCCGGAUCUAAGCAUGAACCAGCUGGUGCACAUGUGCAUCUGGUACGAGGAUGACAAGUACGGCACCAAGGGCGUGGACCCGAGUGUGAUCGAGCAGAUGUGGAGCGAGAUGGUUGACGACAGCCCCAUGCUGCUAAGGGAUGGUGAAGGCAUCCCCUUCACAACGGAUGAGAUAGUACACAGCCUACCCGAGAUAAACCUGGACGAGGUAGAACCUCCCCCCGAGCUCCAAGACGACCCCACCUUCCACUUCCUCCUCCCCCUCACCUCCCUCCCCUCCGUCCCCUCCACCCCCACCGCCGCCUCCCACACUCCCCGCAACGCCUCCCCUCGCGUGCCUCCCUCGGUGCCAUCGUCUAUCCCCCGAUCGGCAUCGCUCUCCACCGCGCAUUCUCGGCCCGGCACCGCUCCCCACCCUGUGGGUGGUACUCCUAGGGGGACCGGGGUGUCAUCAGUUACUAGUACACCUCGUGUGACGUCUAGUCCUUGGGAUUACUUCCGGGGAAGAGGGGCGUGGAAGAGUGAUGAUGCGUGA